ACCGCCGGCCGAGCCAUCACUACACUCCGCCAGGUCGGCCCAAGCUCAGCUUCCUUCCUUCCUUCCUUCCGGAUUUGGCCUUCUCUGUGCACUUCUUUCUCUUUCUCUGUAUUCUUCGGUUGUUCUCCUGUGCAGAUCCUAACCUGGACAGCCGAAGCUCGAAGACGGAAGAUCGUUUGGCAGAACUUGGAAGUAUCUAUACGUACAGCUCGAGCACAGAAGAUGCUGAAAUACAGCAGCAGUAGGAGCAACGUGGCGAUGCUGACGUUACUGUGUCUCUGCGCGGUUCUGGCGACGCUCUGCGGCGAGGCGCACGGAAUGCCACCGGCCCAGUGCAGCCCAGGAUUGCUGGACGAGGUGCCGCCCAGGAUCCGCAAGGUCUGCGCCGCGCUCUCGACUAUCUACGAGCUCGGCUCGGCUAUGGAGAACUACAUCAACGAUAAAGUUCCAGUACUCCGCGAGGACAUCCCACUGCCGGACAGCGGAGUCAAGCGUCAGGACGUCGAUCACGUGUUCCUGCGCUUCGGCAGACGACGCUAAGGGACGAGAUGAGGAGCUGACGAUCGAGAGAGAGAGAGAGAGAGAGAGAGAGAGAGAGAGUCGCACACGCGCACGUAUCGCACGUAAUUCACUACUUUUACCACGCAGCGAAUCAACAACACUAGACACACAUUUACAUUGUAACGAGAUACGACGACGACGUGCGCUAUAAUAUAACCGAUACAAAGUGUGAGAGAAGAAAAAAAAUCUUUUUUCUUUUCGUGGAAGCGACGACGAGGAACGAAUCGGCCCGCACGUUUAGAAAGCACUUAUACUUUGUAUAAUCGUCCGCUGAUUCGGAAUCGUCGAUGUGCGCGAUGCUAUUGUACGAGAGGGUUGUUGUUGUUGUUGUUGUUCCUGCUGCUGUUGCGUUUAAUCGGCUGUAUAAAAUCGCGAUCGACCACGAGGAGUGACUCUCUGCGUAUACUGUAUUCGAAGCUUAUUCAGUGUCUUUUCAGUAUUUCGUUUAUUAAUCUCGACGUAGUUUAUCUUUUAGUUUUCGUCAGUAUUCGGUUAUUGCAGUAUUUACCAUAUUUAUAGAUGUAUUUUUCGUUUAGUAUUACUUAUAUCGAUUCGACUGUACGUGACGAAAGCGGCAACGAAAGUCUGACUAGGUGUAAUAUUAUAAGGCUUGAAACUACUCCACGGCCUCCUCUGUCUUACUCGCACGACCCAAUCUGAUGAUUGCGUGUACUAUCGACGUUAUAAUUUCGUGACAAAACAAAUUCUCUCUAUCUCGAUGUGGAUAUUCUCUUCGUGUUUCAGAUCUCCAAUAAAAAAAGAAGAAAAUUAUGAAAAAAAAAAAAGAAAAAAGAAGAAAUCGUGUAAUGCUAUGUUGAUGAUAUAAACCCACGGCAUUGCGAACCUGGUCGAUUAGGAUCGUUGAAAAAACAAAGAAAAGAACAAAAAAUACUGUACUGUAAACUCGCGAGCGUAUCGAUCUUAUAUUUUGUAAGGCUCGCGAACGAGAUGUACAUCGCAACGUUAUGAAUCUUCUAUACUUGUUUCUUCCUUCGUUCGGCUAUACCUACCUAUUAAUAAUAAUAAAGAAAAAAACAUUUACGAAUCGCGUCGUAUACAUAGCCUAGCGCUGGAGCUAUUAGCCUUACAGUAGAGAAUCCCAUUUCUGUUCAUUGAAUUACGAGUCAAUUUAUUCUUCAACAGACACACACACACACACACGCGCGCGCACACACAAACAAUAGUAUACAUGUAAUAUCGCGCUUGUAUAUCAUUGUAAGAAUCUAAUGGCUAAAAAUCGGCUUGAUUCCGAGAGCAAAAGUCUUCUUCGCACGCGAACACGAUGCACCAAAAUAAUCAUCGUCCCUCGAACGAUUGUACCCGAGAGAGAGAGAGAGAGAGAGAGAGAGAGAGAGGAGAUGGCUGAUGGAUCAACGCAAACGUCGAUGUCCUCGCUGAUAACCGCUUGCAUCUUCGAUAUCGCCGUUAUAUUGAGACUUAUCGCACACACCCGCACGAUGAAUAAAAAAUCAACAAAUAAAGAUCAACAAUGUGCAUGGAAUAACUUA